CCGAGUGUAUAAGUAGGCUGGCGACGUGAGAUAGCGUCGAGUUCACGGUGCAGACGGCAGUGCGGCGGUGGUACCUGGAGCGACCGUCGACACAGAGCGGAGACAGGCGCGGAGACACUCAGAGACGCACAGUGACACGAUGAUGCGGGCGCUGGCUCUGCUGGCGGUGGUGGCUGCGGCCGCUGCCCAGGACGGAGGACGCAGGGACCUGAUCCUGCCCGACCCCAAGGCCUGCGCCAACCGUGUGAAGCACGCACACGAGUUCCGCAACGGCCACUACUACUUCUACUCGUGGCGGCACCGGGCCACCUCGCGUCACGAGCGCGACUGGCUGGACGCGCGCAACAUCUGCCGCAAGCACUGUCAGGACCUGGUCUCGCUCGAGACCGCCCAGGAGAGCAAGAUGGUCGAGUCGGCCAUCGCCGCCGACAACGUCAAGUACGCCUGGACCUCGGGCCGCAAGUGCGACUUCGACGGCUGCGACCGCCCCGACCUGCAGCCUAAGCUCAUCAACGGCUGGUUCUGGUCCGGCUCUGGCGAGAAGAUGCCGCCCAGCAACCAGCGUAGCGGCGGCUACCCCAACUGGUCGAACACCGGAGGCUCCAAGAAGCCGCAACCCGACAACCGCGAGCACGACGAGGGCACCGGCGAGGAGAGCUGCGUCGGCAUCCUCAACAACUUCUACGGAGACGGCGUCAAAUGGCACGACGUGGCCUGCCACCACCAGAAGCCCUGGGUGUGCGAGGACUCUGAGGAGCUGCUCAACUACGCCCGCUCCAUCAGCCGCCGCCGCAUCCCCUGAACAGACCACCAAUGACGUCAGAUUACGUCAUACCACCCGCCGCGCCCGUCCCUCAGGAGCAUCAGCGGCGUCAAAUGACGCCGUCAGUGGUGUCGGUCGGUCGACAUAUGACCGGUAUUAUGCAUCAUACACAUACACACACGUGAAUAUUUAAGUAGAUUAAAUCUAUUUAAAUGCGGUUACGAAGGGGCUCGGAUUAGAGCGUUCUGCGAUGGCUUCGAUCGGAGCCGCGCCGUUACUUGUUUUCGUUAGUGGAUGAAGCCCACGACCUGUGUAUUUAUGUCGCUACGUUCGGCCCACCGGUAAGCAGCGACUGUUCCCUGUAAGACUGUAAGAUAUGUGUGUGUAUGGAGCGCUGGCUCGCGUUGGCUGUAAACGAGGGAGUCAGAAUGUGAGACUUAUCUUACCGAUUGUGCCACUAUAAUACACUGGACUGUAUUGAA